AGGACCGCUCCCUCUCCCCCCGGUUUCACGCGCGUCACCAGCGGCGACGUUGAGGGACCGCGGCUAUCAUCCUCUGCCCAUGCGCUGCGAUGAUGGCACUCAACGCGUCCCGAGCGGCCGUGUCGGCGCUCCGUGGGGGGCGCCGGCCCCCCCUGCGUCUGCCUCCGCGCACGCAGCUCCGGUCGGUGUUUGGCGGGGGCCUGUGGAGGAGGAGGGCCUACGCGGUGGUGGAGCCGGCCCUGGUGGGACCAGCCCACGAUGUGCCCGAGCACAUCGAGCGGCCGGACUACGUGCUGUCGGGGGCUGUGCCGGAGUGGGGCGACUACAUCGAGCUCAAGGGCCCGGAGGAGCUGGCGGGCGUGCGGGCCGCGUGCCAGCUGGCGCGCCACAUCCUCCUGCACGCGGCCUCGCGCAUUCAGGUGGGCACGACGACGGAGGAGAUUGACGGCGUGGCGCACCGCGAGGCGGUGGCGCACGGCGCCUACCCGUCGCCGCUCGGCUACCGCGGCUUCCCCAAGUCGGUGUGCACCUCCGUCAACAACGUGGCGUGCCACGGCAUCCCCGACAGCCGACCGCUGCAGAAUGGAGACAUCGUCAACGUUGACGUCACGGUCUACCACGAGGGUUUCCACGGCGACACGUCCGAGACCGUGCUGGUGGGCGAUGUGGACGCGGCCGGCCGGCGUCUCGUGGAGGCGGCGCGGCGUUGCCGUGACGCCGCCAUCGCCGCCUGCGGCCCGGGCCAGCCUCUGUGCGUCAUCGGCAACACCAUCAGCCGGCUUGCCCGUGACGGCGGCUUCUCCGUGUGUCCCUACUUCGUGGGACACGGCAUCGGCUCUUACUUCCACGGCCACCCCGAGGUCUGGCACCACGAGAACGACGUCGACCUGCUGAUGGAGGAGGGGAUGGUCUUCACCAUCGAACCAAUCCUGAUGGAGGGCUCGCCGGAGGUCAGAACGCUCGCAGACGGAUGGACCGUGGUCACGCUGGAUCACAGCAGGUCGGCGCAGGCGGAGCACACGGUCGCCAUCACCAGCAGUGGCGUGGAGACGCUCACCAGGGCCCCCCACGAGCUGGAGUGACUCCCCCACGACGGCGUGGAGACGCUCACCAGGGCCCCCCAUUAACUGGAGUGACCCCCCCUCCAACGGCAUGGAGACGCUCACCAGGGCCCCCCACGAUCUGCAGUGACCAUCACCUCCCCCCCCCCCCCACCCCAAUCCAAGGUCACCACCCUUUCCAGAAUCGGCGUCUUUGGGUGGCAGCUGAGAUCCGGGACCACUCAACUGCACAGCGUCGAUCACGGGAGCUGCUGACCCUGAUACAAUGACGAUGUUGCCUCUAUGCAGCAGCAGCAACAACAACAGUAACAACGCGCGAUUAUCACAACCCCGGCUUGUGGCGAUAAUGGAAUGGCGUUGAUAACAGAAGGGCAGUGUACCCUUGAUACGCCGGUGUUGCGUGCGUCUGCGUACAGAGCUGUGUUGAACCCCGGCUUGUGACGAUAAUGGAAUAAAGAUGUGUCUCGCUA